AUGCACAUAACGCAGCUCAACCACGAGUGCUUGCUGCACCUCUUCUCCUUCCUGGACAAGGACAGCAGGAAGAGCCUCGCCGGGACCUGCUCGCGGCUCCGGGCCGUGUUUGAGGACCCCGCGCUCUGGCCCCUGCUGCAUUUCCGCUCCCUCGCAGAGCUCACGAAGGACAACUUCCUGCUGGGCCCGGCGCUCCGGAGCCUCUCCAUCUGCUGGCACUCCAGCCGCGUGCGGGUGUGCAGCAUCGAGGACUGGCUCAAGAGCGCCUUCCAGAGAAGCAUCUGCAGCCGCCACGAGAGCCUGGUGAAUGACUUCCUCCUCCAGGUGUGCGACAGGUGCCCCAACUUGGCGUCCGUCACGCUGUCGGGCUGCGGCCACGUCACCGACGACUGCCUGGUGCGCCUGCUGUGCUGCUGCCCGCGCCUGCGCGCGCUGCGCCUGGAGAACUGCGCGCGCGUCACCAACCGCACGCUGGCGGCCGUGGCGGCGCAGGGGCGCGCGCUGCAGACUCUGCACGUGGACUUCUGCCGCAACGUGAGCGCGGCCGGCCUGCACCGCCUCCGCGCCGCGUGCCCGCGCCUGGCGCUGCGCGCCGAGCACAGUGCAGCCAUGAUGCCAGAUCAGCCCCAGCGCGGCGCUGCCGCGCACGGUACGGCCUUCCGCAAGCUGCUGCCGCGCUAGGCGGCGGGGAGGACGCCCGGUGGAGGGCUCUGGGUGGGCGGAGCGCGGGCUGAGCCGUUGGGUCGUCCUGACCUCGAGCCUCAGCCCCUCCACGGAUGAGUGGCUACAUCUUGUGAGCCUGUUUCCCCGGCUGCAAAAUGGGGAUAAUAAUGUCUACCUCACAUCACGAUUUUAUACAUGGGAUGCGUCUGGGAGAUUAAAUGAAUGGAUGCAUGGGAAACACUCGGUGGUUCUACCUAAACGUCAGCUCCUUUCCCGUCUGCCUCCCGGGGCCUCUCUCCUGCCCCAUCAUCGCAGCAGCAGGAGGCGCCUACACCGUCCUGGGGGAUUCCGGCCGCUGUCCCGAGUCUAAAUAGAACCCCAGUGUGGCGGACGUGACCAUUCGCUGGUCGCACGUUGCGCUCUGGGCUCAACGCGGGGCGCGC